GGUUCUUGAAAGCCAUGGAGAGUUUCUCAUCGCAAUACAGCAUAUUCAGUUGAUCAUUCUUUUUAUUAGCUCAUGUAUAAUCCUGGAAACAACAGACAAUCGCAUCUCUCAAUAUGUCUACACCCACGAUCCCACAGCUCGCCGCGGUAGACAGCCUAACGAUACACGUCAUCAUCAACGACGAGAUCGACCCGAUCUCCCCCUCGCCCCACCCAGCCGUCAAGCACCCCCAAUCAUUCAUGGGCGCCCCAUUGCGGCCUCUCCCCACGGACGCGCAGCGCGGCGGCGCCAAGCUCCAGAUGAGAAUGGACACGCUGUGCUGCGGCGCCCACGGCCUGUCGCUCCUGAUAACCGCGACCAGGGCCGGCACGUCGCACAGCCUCCUGUUCGACGCGGGGCCCGAGGAGGCCGUGUGGGAGAGCAACGCGGCGAGGCUGGGCCUGGACCCCGGCGCGAUCGAGCGCAUCGUGCUGUCGCACUGGCACCGCGACCACUCGGGCGGCAUGGCGGCCGCGAUCCGGACGGUCGAAGCCGCGAAGAGAACGUCGGAACGCGCGCCCAAGGUCGUCGUAGACGUGCACCCCGACCGGCCCGAGUUUCGAGGCGUCAUGGCCCACGAGCCGAUUUCGCUCGAGCCCGACCCGAGUUUCGCGGAGAUCGAGGAGGCGGGCGCGACGGUGUCUAGAAGCGACGAAGUCCACACCGCGCUGGACGACAUGUUCUUGAUCUCCGGGCCGAUCCCGAGGCUGACGUCUUACGAGGACGGCAUUCCUAACGGCAUCCGCUUGAAUUCGGAGGGGCGGUGGGAGAAGGACGAGCUUAUCACGGACGAGCGGCUGGUCAUGUGCCACCUGAAGGGCAGGGGGCUCGUCGUCUUCACGGGGUGCAGUCACGCGGGUGUGGUCAACGUCUCGCGGCACGCGAUCGAGCUCGGAGGCGGUGUUCCUUUGUAUACCGUCGUAGGCGGAUACCACUUGGCCGACGGCAGCGCGGAGAAGCUGCAGAGGUCGCUCGAGGACUUGAAGGCUCUGGGGCCGAAAGUCCUUAUGCCUGGUCAUUGCACGGGUUGGCGGUUCAAAGUUGCCAUCGAGAAAGAUAUGCCGGGGUGCAUGGUCCCUGUUUUUGGCGGCACGAAAUACGAGCUGGUUUAAGAGAGGGAGGGUAACAUAUACAUUAUGCGAAUACGUCCUUGAACCCUCCUUUUUAAGCUUGUGUGAAGGUGAUCACUCACGGUGGCACCCGAAUGUAUACGACAUAAUACUAUUAACACCAUGGCUGUUUCCCCGUCAAGAUCGGGAACGAGUUGAUAAUAGAGCCGCUCAUUCUUCUCUUACGGUAUAAUGUCAGCAUUGCAUACCAAUAAUAAUCUGGUAGUACUCAAAGUCCACUCAAUACUCCUAUAUACAUUUCAAACCAACGUUGACACUGUUUUCUAUUGUCCAUUACCUCAAAGAUAUAUCGUUAUCAGAGGUUGUUGAUGUAUUUUGUUAAUCAUAGCUUUAUUUGGUAAGGUACCUAUCGCAGGUAACCCCUUUUCUGGCGGAUAAAGUUAUGGGUGCGAAUAUCCUAUAUCGCCUUCGUGAAUGUACUAGGUAUAGGAAAUAAUCUGUAAUAGAAUAGGUAGCAUCUUCUGCCGAACAUUAAUCAAAGC